UUUAAUGACUACGAUAGUAAAAUCUGAAUGACUGAUCACAAUAACGUAGGACAACGAAUAUUGCGAAUUAGAGGUAAUUGUUUUCCCACAUACGCAGUUAAGACACACAAUGUAACUGUUAAGCAAAGUCUUUAGCUUUUAGCUGGCGCUAGAACAAACCUACGCCCAAAUGGGUAAACUGUUGAUACAUUGUGAGGAAAGUGACGUCAGCAACAUGGCCGCAAAAGGAGAAGUCCGGUUGCAAGCCGCUUCUUUCAUGUUCUUCCUCCGUCUGGGCACAGCAGCGCUCGUCCUACGGCCCCUGUCUUCGGUCUACCUCCCCUACAGCCUGGGCGGGGAAGAGAACGGAAGCCCCCGGUACGGCCUGGACAGCGGUGCGGUGGAGAAAUUGAGCUACGACAAAGAACGUUACACAUUUUACGCGGCUGGAGGAGCCGGAAUCCUGAACGUUGUUGACAUCUCCGUUCCCUCCGAGCCGAAGGUGUUACACCAGCAAGAACUGCCAGGUGGCGCCCUUGACAUAGACCUCUGUGGGGACUAUGUUGCGAUUGCACUGGAAAGGACGCCUGUUCAGCCAAGUAGGACACUGGUUUACCCGGUUUACCGGGGAAAUGGUGAAAACAUGGAGCCUGUGCAUAGUUUUGAAGUAAGUUCCAGGCCGGACUCCCUGAAAUUUUCCCACGAUUGUCGCACAUUGGUUGUUCUGGACGAGGGUUGGCCUAGCGAGGAUGUGACAGGGGUUUUUCAGGACCCCGGAGGAGCUGCCGUCAUCAUAGACUUCAAUUCUACAGACCUGGCCAGUGCAUCUCCUGUUGUCCGGACAGCAGACUUUCGACGGUUUGACGAAAUACGUGGCCGCCGAGGACACCGGCGGUCUCGCGCCAGGCCCGUUGCCCCACCUCCGGCCUUUGUCAAGACCGUGGAUCACGCGUUUGAUCCGCUAGUUGGACAGCGGCGGAUAUCGCUGUUCAAAUCGGUUGUGAUUACGUCGUUGUUCCUUCUGGCGAUGACGACGGUUGUCGUCGUGAGUAUCGCCAUUGACGUCAGCACAAACAUCACUGCAGGUGAGCCUGCCAACCUUCCCCCGUACGGAGCCUGGGAAGAUGACCAUGGUCCCAAGCCUGAAGAGAACACUCCCGCCCAUCAGAUUCCCGACGGCAUGACCCCGACUGAUGCCUCUUCUACCACUGAUCCCGCGACCGAGCAGCUGAGAAAGGUCCUCUGGGUACGCUAUCGUGUGGCAGUAAUCCAUGGUGAGACGGAGAUGUACAAGAUCCUGUACAAGUAUCUUGUUGAUAGUCCUCACACACAGAUACCUACCGUCCGACCAGGGUACGGCGAGCCGAGCGGCUUCGAGGCCUGGGAUUAUCUCACGACUGGAGAGAACCACGCCUUCAAUUCUCCAAUCCGUACCCGACGACGUGUCGGUAAGCCUUGGAGUGAUUCCCACCACGAGAAUGAUCCGGACAGCCUGGAGUCGAAGAGGCGAUCAGAUACAGAAGAUGACAACCGAUACGACGUCACUGACUACGACUUGAAGACGGGAGACUACGAAUACAACUACAAGCAUCCUCGUGUGCGAGAUUUGAUCGCAAAAGUUAUCUCCGACUCGGAAAUUCUGGAUGCUAUUGUGGCUCGCCACCACACUGAUGAAAUGCCCAUCAACCCAGCAGAAGACCAGCUGGCUCCAUCCAAGGACAUGACGACUGAUAAGACCUCAGCGUUCAACGUCCCUCCCGCCACUAAUGUGACGCAGUUGGACAAUGACGUUAAUAACACGGAUACGGCUGCUAGUGUCGCUCGCCACCUUAGUGAAGUGCCCAUCACCCCAACAAAAGACAAGCUGGCUCGAUCCAAGAACAUGGCACCGCACAGUGACGCCACGAACAUUCCCGAUGCUAUUGUGGCUCACAACCACACUGAUGAAGUGCUCAUCACCCCAACAGAUGACAAGCUGGCUCGAUCCAAGCAUAUGACGCCUGAUGAGACCUCAGCGUUCAACGCCCCUCCCGCCACUAAGACGACCCAGUUUUACAACACUCAGGUGCCCAACGCCCCAGGAGAAGACGAAGUGCUGGCUCGAUCCAAGAACAUGGCGCCACAUGAUGAGACGUCAGCAUUCAACGCCCCUCCUGCCGCUAAUGUGACACAGUUGAACGAUGACGUUAACAACACGGAUACGGCUGCUGAGACAGAGGAGGUGCCACAAGAGAACGGCACAGACCUGAGUCUGUACCCGAGCCCUGAAGUCGUGAUGCCGAUAGUCGUGGUUGGAGCGCUGGUGACAGUAUAUGUUCAUGCAUAUCAUUUUGUCUUCGUGGAUCUUGGUAAACUAUUAAUAGUACAACUUUUAAAAAAAGUAUUGAUUUUAUUUCCAGACGGCUUACUGUCAGAUGACGUCAGCUCCAACAUGAGAGACGCCCUCAUGGACCCGGCUCAACUUGGCUGUCUAACCUUCAGCAUCACGGACGGCCUGGAUCCGAGUGAUCCUCACAAGGUCCGGGAGCUUCACACGUUCGGCGGGCGGGGCGCGUCCAUUUUCGCCGCGGAAGACCUGAGCCUCGUGUGGGACAGCGGGGACGAUUUUGAGCGGGUCGGAGCCCAGGUCCACCCCGCCGUGUUCAACUCCAAAUUUAACGGUGAAAACAUGGAUGAGACACCGGAAGAUAGCUUCGAUAAGUCGUCAUGUGUUAAGGGGUCCGAGCCACAAGCCUUAACCGUUGGCCGUAUUGGAGACCAGACUGUGAUCUUUGUGGGGAACGAGAGAACAUCGGAAGUCGUGAUGUACAGCCUGCGGGACGGGGAGGCGUUUGUGCCGAAGCUGGAGAGUGUGUACCGCGGGGGGAGGACGGACCUGACCUGGACAGAGGCGUACCAAGCCAGAGACGUGGGAGACAUCGACCCAGAAGAUAUCAAAUUCAUCCCGUCAGACCGCAGCCCCAAUGGACGGCCACUACUGCUGGUUGACGGGACAGUCAGUGGGACUGUUUCUGUGUACGAAGUCAUGGACAACAGUGAAACUUCGGCAGCGUGCUGUUUCACAUCUACACCGGCUGUGGUCCUGUGGAUACUCAUGUUCUACGCGUCUAUCUUCAACGUACAGUUUUGUGAAUGAUUAAUAAUAGAAUUGAGGUUAUAAUUUCACAGCCUGGUGACAUCCUAUACUAAUUUUACCCAAGGCUAAGAUCAUACAAAAUACGAAGCAUAUGAAGUCUUUAUAUCUUUUACGUAACAUAGAUAGUUAGGCAUAAAUACCCUGAGUGUAAACACC